AUGGGAAGACCUCCUUGUUGUGACAAAACGAACGUAAAAAGGGGUCUUUGGACUGCUGAAGAAGAUGCAAAGAUACUCGCUUACGUAUCAAGGCAUGGUACCGGUAACUGGACCGCUGUUCCGAAAAAAGCAGGACUUAAAAGAUGCGGGAAGAGCUGUAGAUUGAGGUGGACAAAUUAUUUGAGACCUGAUCUCAAGCAUGACACUUUUACACCUCAAGAAGAAGAACUGAUUAUUAGGCUUCAUGCAACCAUAGGUAGCAGGUGGUCUCUCAUAGCAAACCAGCUUCCUGGAAGGACUGAUAAUGAUGUCAAGAAUUUUUGGAACACUAAGCUAAGGAAGAAACUACAAGAAAUGGGAAUAGACCCGGUUACCCAUAAACCCAUCUCUCAAAUCAUUAUAGAUUAUGGUAACAUCAGUGGACUGCCAAACAAAACAACAAGGUUUGGAUCACUGAAUCGAGAUUUAAGGAAUGCGUUUAUGUCCACAAAACCUGAGCCAGUUUCAUCGUCAGUUACACAAGAUCAUUCCAUUUCUAACAUGACAACUAAUACUUCGACUGGUGUGGAUAUCAAGACGCCAAAAAUGGAACCAAAGCCAGAAAUGUCUUUUAACAACAGUAGCUCAUCGUCAUGGGAUCUUUUACCUCAAAUUCAUGCUAUGCAGCUAGUUACAGAAGCUUCAAAUAACUGCAACAAGAACAAGGAGAUUGUUCAGCCUAAUUACUUCCAUGAAGGGUCAUCCUCUUCUUCAUCAGCUUCUUCUUCUAAUAUCAUUAACAAUCAGGCAGGGUCAUCAUCGCCACCACCUUCUUAUCUUCUGAACCCUCAGUCAUCUUUAGUGCCAACAACUGAACCUUCAUCUCCAUUGUUUAGUUGGAGUGAGUUCCUUCAUGAAGAUGCAUUUCUUCCUUCUGAUCAACAACAACAACCGCAGCAGCAGCAACAAAAACAAGAUCUUCAAUGGAUGUCAUAUUCGAAUGGUUCUUCAUCAAUUCAAGCACAGCAUGAGAUGCCUAAAAUGGAGAAUUUCAAGAAUGUGGAUGAACAACGUACUUUCCGUGGAGUUAGAGAAAUGGGUAAUGGUAAUUUCAAUUAUAUGGGUCAGCAAGCAAGUCAUCAUCCUGUGGUUACUGGCAUGGCAGGCGACACGGCGACCGGCAUUGGACCAUCUUCGGCUUCUAAUAACUCAUUUGUUAAAGGAAUCUUAGAUCAAGAGAUUCAUGACAGUGAGAUGUUGUGGGAAUUCCCUAGUCUUUUUGAUGACUCAUAUUAA